CUGAAGGGACAGCUCCCGGCCGAGCCCCGCAGCCCCCGCAGCCCCGGGCGGCUCAUGGUCCCCGAAGCCGAAGCCGAAGCCCAGGCCCGGGCGGGGAUGCUGGGGAUGCCCCGCGGGUGAGGCCCCCGCUGCAGCCGUGUUCAUGGCGGUGGCCAGGAAGAUCCGAACUUUGCUGACGGUGAACGUCCUGGUGUUCGUGGGCAUCGUCCUGUUCUCCGUGUACUGCCGCCUGCAGGGCCGCUCCCAGGAGCUCGUGCGCAUCGUGAGCGGCGACCGCCGGGUGCGCAGCCGACACGCCAAGGUGGGCGCGCUGGGGGACCGUGAGGCCAUCCUGCAGCGCCUGGACCACCUGGAGGAGGUGGUCUACAACCAGCUCAACGGCCUCGCCAAGCCCAUUGGCCUGGUGGAGGGGCCAGGAGGCCUGGGCCAGGGCGGCUUGGCGGCCACCCUGCGUGAUGACGGCCAGGAGGCGGAAGGCAAGUAUGAGGAGUACGGCUACAACGCUCAGCUCAGCGACCGCAUCUCCCUGGAUCGGAGCAUCCCCGACUACCGGCCCAGAAAGUGCAGACAGAUGAGCUACACCCAGGACCUGCCCCAGGUCUCCGUGGUCUUCAUCUUUGUCAACGAGGCGCUGUCGGUCAUCCUGCGCUCCGUGCACAGCGUGGUCAACCACACGCCCUCCCAGCUCCUCAAGGAGAUCAUCCUGGUGGACGACAACAGUGACAACGUGGAGCUCAAGUUCAAUCUGGACCAGUACAUCAACAAGCGGUACCCAGGCCUCGUGAAGAUUGUCCGCAACAGCCGGCGGGAAGGACUGAUCCGUGCCCGGCUGCAGGGCUGGAAGGCGGCCACUGCUCCAGUCGUCGGCUUCUUCGAUGCCCACGUCGAGUUCAACACCGGCUGGGCUGAGCCCGCACUGUCACGGAUCCGAGAGGACCGGCGUCGCAUCGUGCUGCCAGCCAUCGACAACAUCAAGUACAGCACGUUUGAGGUGCAGCAGUAUGCAAACGCCGCCCACGGCUACAACUGGGGCCUCUGGUGCAUGUACAUCAUCCCCCCGCAGGACUGGCUGGACCGCGGCGAUGAGUCGGCGCCCAUCAGGACCCCAGCUAUGAUCGGCUGCUCCUUCGUAGUGGACCGCGAGUACUUCGGAGACAUUGGGCUGCUGGACCCCGGCAUGGAGGUGUACGGCGGCGAGAACGUAGAACUGGGCAUGAGGCUUCCAGGACGUGUCUGCAUACUGUUGCAGAGAACCGGCAGCAAGUUGGGGCCUCCUCAGGCCCCCGGCGCCACCUGGAGAAUGCAGAGGCCACAGUGGGCCUCACGUCCCCCAGAACACUCCUCCUCGGACAUGAGGGCUAACCUCGGAACCCUUGGGUGCUCACACAAUGAGCUGUCCCUGCAGGUGUGGCAGUGUGGCGGCAGCAUGGAGGUGCUGCCCUGCUCCCGCGUGGCCCACAUCGAGCGCACCAGGAAGCCCUACAACAAUGACAUUGACUACUACGCCAAGCGCAACGCCCUGCGCGCCGCCGAGGUGUGGAUGGACGACUUCAAGUCCCACGUGUACAUGGCCUGGAACAUCCCCAUGACGAACCCAGGGGUGGACUUCGGGGACGUGUCUGAGAGGCUGGCCCUGCGUCAGAGGCUGAAGUGUCGCAGCUUCAAGUGGUACCUGGAGAACGUGUACCCGGAGAUGAGGAUCUACAACGACACCCUCACGUACGGAGAGGUGAGAAACAGCAAAGCCAGCGGCUACUGCCUGGACCAGGGCGCAGAGGACGGCGACCGGGCGAUCCUCUACCCCUGCCACGGGAUGUCUUCCCAGCUGGUGCGGUACAGCGCUGACGGCCUGCUGCAGCUGGGGCCUCUGGGCUCCACAGCCUUCUUGCCUGACUCCAAGUGUCUGGUGGAUGACGGCAGGGGCCGCAUGCCCACCCUGAAGAAGUGUGAGGAUGUGACGCGGCCAACACAGCGGCUGUGGGACUUCACCCAGAGUGGCCCCAUUGUGAGCAGGGCCACGGGCCGCUGCCUGGAGGUGGAGAUGUCCAAAGACGCCAACUUCGGGCUCCGGUUGGUGGUGCAGAGGUGCUCGGGGCAGAAGUGGAUGAUCAGAAACUGGAUCAAACAUGCACGGCACUGACCCCACCUCCGCCUGGACCCCCACAGACCUCGGGAAGGCGCUGGGCCGAGCCGGUGUGGCUGAGUGACCGGGGUGUCAGCCACUGCAUCUGGAGUACAGCUUCUGCUAGGACAGGUGGCUCUACCCGAGGGAGGGCGUCUGGGGACAGUGACGCCAACUCAAACACGUGCCUUCUCCACGGUAUCUCCUGGCCAGGCUCUGGGACAGCCGCCGCCUCUGCAUGUACCACAGCCCCCCACGCCCCAUAAGGAGGCCAAGCCCCGGACCAUGCGCCAGGCUGCACCCCAGCAUCUUCCACCCAUAGGCCGCCCGUGCUCCAAGCAGCCUCCCCCAGCACUUGCGGCCGCUCAGCCCUCCAACCAAGACCUACGUCACACAUCAUAAUGCAGCUCCUUGUGGUCUGGUAAGAGGGGUGCUGGAGGACAUGGACAGCGACAAAUGUGAGGCCGUGUCUAGGAGGCUGGCACGACUGCUUCAGCAGAGACCAAAUAAAGAGAGGAUUAGGCAGCAGCGCUGUGUGUGUCUUCCUGGGAGCUGAGCUGGGGGGUGGGGCCCGGUCCCGCCUCUCUCCCAGGCACCUGGGCCCUGCCGCAGCCCAGCCCCUCGCCUGUUUUAAUAAAUACAGUUUUACUGGCGCCCA